CGCUAGCUCCCCGCCAGCUCCCGCUUGCUCCCUGCCCACUCCCGGGGGGACGUUUCGUGCCGCGGCCACCGCGGCCACCGCUUCUUUCACACUUUAGUUGGGAGCCGCGCGCCGCGCUCAGUUACUGGAGAGCUGGCCGCGCGCCGCCGCCUCCCGCACGCACGCACACACGCGGGCCCGGCUGGCUUCGGGCUUUUCUGCUUUUACUCCAAGCGGCAGGGAGGAGGGGGACACCCCGGACACACUGUGGGGAGGAGGAAGAAGAGGAGCAGGAGGGAGGAAGAAAAAAAAGGCCAGGAGGAAAGAGGGCGGGGGGCGGGAGGCUUGCCACCUUCAGCCCCCCCCCGCGAGUGCCCAAGGCCCAGGGAGACAUUCAGAGUGAGCAACUGAGCAUUGAAGUGGAGUCUGGAGGCCCAGGAUUCUCUUCGGCUGCAGCUGUGCUGUCUCAGACAGGUGCACACAUCUUGACCAACUCAGAAGCAAGGUGGAUUUCCUUUGUGUUUAAAGAGAACAAAAAUGUGCCUGUGUCUGUAGAGAUGAUUUGCAGUUCAGCCCGGCUGAAGCUGACCGAAUGAGACUAUGGGCUGUGCCUCCGCCAAGCAUGUAGCCACGGUUCAAAAUGAAGAGGAAGCCCAGAAAGGGAAGAACUACCAGAAUGGAGAUGUAUUUGGUGAUGAGUAUAGGAUCAAACCAGUGGAAGAGGUCAAGUACAUGAAAAACGGGGCAGAAGAGGAGCAGAAAAUAGCAGCCAGGAACCAAGAAAACUUGGAAAAAAGUGCCAGCUCAAAUUCGAGACUUAAAACUAAUAAAGAAAUUCCUGGAUUAGUUCAUCAACCCAGAGCAAACAUGCACAUCUCUGAAAGCCAACAAGAAUUCUUCAGAAUGCUGGAUGAAAAAAUUGAAAAGGGUCGGGAUUACUGUUCGGAAGAAGAGGAUAUCACAUAGCACCAACUCCCCCUCUCAGACCAGGAACUACUACUGUGUAAAUAGGUUACACCCCAGUUGAAAUCUUUGCAAAGGUCGGUUCUCUUCAAGAAACAGCACUAUAGCAAAAGAAGAUACCAUACGUAUUCCCCAUUAAAUUACAGUGUUUCUUAAUGAACUUGCAAAGGAAUAUUGCUAAAACAAAAAAACUAAAAAACAAACAAAAACUGUUAUUGAACUUUCUUUGUUGCUGCUAGUUAAAACUUGUUGCAACUUUUCACUUUUCUUGUGUCCAGAUAUGCAGCAAAAUUCUGCAAUUUCACCCUAAAGAUACUAUUGGUUUUACAGAUGCUCUCCAACCUAUUUUCUAUAAGAUGAGGUAGUGGUGAACUCAGAUAUCCAACUUCUAUUCUAGACCAGUUCUGCUUCUAAGUCAAGCAUCUCCUUCCCACUCUUUACUCCCCUUCUCUCCCAAGACGGCCUGAGCCUUGCUUCUCACUGGCAAUGUUGAGCUUUGGAAAUGGGAUGGUUGCUAUGGCAAGCCUUGUUUCUCUGCUCAGAAGAAGUAGGGAUGCUAUUAUCAAUAUAAAAAGCAUGUUGUGACCUGAUUCCUGGAAGUGACAUGGGAGCAAGCAGCAGAUUGUGCCAUUUAAUAGGCGUUUAAAUCGAGAGUGAUGCUUGCAAGAUUGAUUGGCUUUGCUCAGACGCAGAUGGAAGUGUGAUCACAAUCAGUUUGAAUCCCUCUGCCUCACUUUUUUUUUUCUAAGAAAUAAACAUUUUACUGUUUUUAUGUAUCUUUGUCUUCUCCCAUUCAUCCAGCUCAGUGUUUUUAAAGAUGAUCCCAGGUGUGGAAAGUUGAUCCCUCCUUCACGGUGACACUGAUCUUUGGCCUAAGUGGUUCCCUAUGCUCCGUUAACAGUCAAAGCAAAGUUUAGAAGGGCUGUGAGUGGUCAGAGGAAAUGAGGGGACACUCCAUGGCUUUUUAGGAGGGCCUGAAACCACCCUAUCUCUUACCUUUCUCUUUGUUAGCAAAUAAAAACAUCCUACUUUGUAAUUUUUCCCCUUUACAAAACUACGUGAGCCUUGCCACCUCCUUCCCUUCUUACUUCUAGCCCUGGAUCGAACGGUGAAAAAUGUUUGCUUACUCAAAAACAUAGAACAUUUACACUGGUGAUGGUGUUUGGAGAUGCGAAAGCCCCCAGCAAUGGUGGGGAAUGUUGACUGUAUGUUCAGUAGAGUUUAUUUUUCCAUACUGUAUGAAGAGAAUGAUCUCUUCUCAAAGACUAAAGUAAUAUUUUUAACAAAUAUUGUGACAAGUAAAUAGCAAUCAAAAGGAGAAAAUAACUUUUGUAUUUUUUUAAUAUGUUUGAUAGCUUUGAUGAGGGUUCUCUUUGUUACUUUCGGGGGAGGGGGCCCUAUUAAAUGCUAAGUUAGCGGUCCAGGGUUGGGUUUCUCCCACAAAAAAAGAAAAAAAAAAACUGCAGAAGAAGCACUGUGUGUUUCUUUCUUUUGGAGCUGUGAGUUUCAGGUUCUAUUUAAUAUCAGUCACACUGUCACCUUUCAAGGUGAAUAGUGUGAAGGUGGGUAGCUCUGAAUUGUCAAAAGUUUGCCUGCCAUAAAACAGAAUAAGGAGCUAAAUUUGUACUUGCUGAGAAUAGCCUUGACUUUCAAAUCCAUCCACAAAAUUGAUGACACCAUUGAUGUGCUAAUGGUGACAUUCCUUACCUCCAUUCUGACCUGGGGCAGCCAAAGUGAGAGGAAUCAAAAACUCAGUCAAGUGCUAUAGAAAAUGAACUCAAAUGUUAACAACAAAAUCCCUUAAUUCUUGCAGCCAGCAACAGCUAUUUUGGGGAGCAGCCGGUUGUUACAUAAAUACAGAUGCAGCCAAAAUCUAAGGCUUUUCAUCCUACUUCAAGCAGAAAAAUGCAGGGAGAGGCAAGUAGUCUAGGGUUUUAAGUUCCCUCCCCUUGUAGAGUUUUUAGCCAAGUGAGGAAAAUAGUUUUCCUCAAGUGUAAACGAACUGCAAAGCCCCACCUCAAAUUUGUUCACUGGGGACUUUGUUCACUGUGACGUGAAUGACCUUUUCCCCAUCUUGUGUUCUUAUCAAGCAAGAAUGAAGCAAAUGUUAAACGUCUUCCAUUUGACUUGUUGUCUCACAGUACAGUGUCUUCCCAGAAAAUCAUCACCCUCUACCCGAAGAUGAAACACACUCAUAUGGUUUUCCUCAAAGCCACGCUUAACAUUCUGACAUGUUGCACGUGUACACAGAACCAAGCAUUUCUUGGGAACCUGACUUGAGUGUUUAAUAAAACUGUAAGUGUCGUUCCCAUGAACCAGCAGCUUCUCACUUGGAGUUCUGUCUCCUGUGUGUCACACUGGAUGCAUCUUUGCUGUGCAACAGUGAUGACAUCUUCAGACACAUGUGGUGCCUCUAGAAAUAGGUCUAAGAAGUAGGGUGCUUGAGUGGGUUGGCAUGAAAUACUUGAUUAUGUUAGCGACACUCAAAACUGUCUGUUUUCCAUUUGUUGGUUUUAAUCAUAAAGUCGUCAAGUGAUUUGUGUUUGUACUUUAUUUUUUUUAUGCCUUCUGAAAGGAUCUAAAACAAAAAUAUCUUGCCUUUAUCCCCCUGUUUAUCCAAACAUUCAGCAGAUCGGCUGAGAUACAAUGAAAAGAACCAUCCCAUGGAUGAGCUGGUACAUUCUGCUAGUAGUCUCUGUAGGAAUCGGGAAUUGAAAGCAGGGAGGGACAGAAGUGGCCAGGUGGAUGGAGGAAGAAAAAUGACAAGAAAGCAUUUAGCAGAGUGUUGUGUGCUGGGGCAAAGGAAAUCCCACUGUCUACUGGCCAGUGGGUGGGUUAGGACUGCCAGCAAGAUUUACACACUCAUCUAGUCUAAGUUGUAGAGUUAGAAAAAUUCGGCAAUCUGUGCACAGCUUUCUUUUGGUUGGCAGAUAUUCAGGACUAUGGAGUACUGCUCUCAUAACUGAAUAUGUGUUUGUUACUGGCAGACAGCCUUAAAAGAGGCUUUUACCUCCAUGAUGCCUCCUCACCCCAGACUGAAGCAAGAGCCUAGAGAGGUGCUAUGGUCUAUUUAGGGACCUGAAAGAGGGUACGAAGUCUAGAGACAGAAAACUAGGUCAGCCCUCAGAAGCAGCAGCAGCCUGCUGGGCAGCAGGUCUCUCCUGUCUGCAGUGCCUGGUAUCUGAGACUGGAGCUCCCCUGUCCUUGCUCUGUUAUAAGGUGAGAAAAACACCUCUAUGUAUCACAGGCACACCCGGGUACCAGAGGCAGACAUGCCAGCAAGAUGACAGACCCAGCAGCAGGUCCUCAGGUGAUGGAACCCACUUCUUGGUCCCAGGGAAUGUCACCCAAUGUUGAGUUGUAACUUUGUCCUCCUCCCAACCUCAUCGCCACUUUUUUUCUAUUAGGGCAGGACUCUCCCAUAAGCCUGAUAAAAACAGAAAUCAUACCUCUUACAAAUUUUACCUCAGUAGCCCGGGAUGCAGUUUGGAAUAUUGAUUUGAAUUCCUGCUUAGAUAUUGGACAAGAAUUUAAGAGUGUUCCAUCUCUCCUAGUCUUAAGAAAAGACACUUGGUAAAAUAUGUAGGUUUUGUAGGAAGAAAAAAAUAUCAAAUUUCUUAUCCCAAAAAAUAUAAGAGUCUUAGACACCAGGACUCUGAUAUUUUCUUCAUAAAAUACAAACCAAUUGGUUUCUAGGAUUCUUUCUCUGUCCUUCAAACAUGCCUCAAGAAAGAAAAAAAGAGGGUGGGGGUAUUAGAGUGAACUCUAUAAUUUUACAUAAAAAUCUGCCUUUCGUGCUUUUUCUCCAGAAGGCAUUCUCAGAGCUUUAUUCCUUUGUACCUGUUAGAAAUUGAUCUUUUUGUUAAAUUGCUUAAAACCCCAAUCAAAAAAUAAGGCAUGGUUGGUCGGUGGGAAUCUGUAUUCAAAGGCAUAGUAAGAAGGUGGCUGGAAGCUUAAGGGUGGAUUUCUGGACCAUAGUGUGCCUCUGUGAAGCUGGAUGAGGCAGCAAAUGCCCCAGAAUAAGCCUUUUGGAAUUUCAUGAAUGAGCUCUGUGAACUGCCUUUUGCCAAUAAAUGGAUGCAUUCUUCCAAGAGGGAAAAAUGGCCUUGACUUCAGCAGUCACCUUUUGGUAUAUCUCUGGAAAAAAAAAAAAAAAAA